AUCUAUCUAUCUAUCUAUCUAUCUAUCUAUCUAUCUAUCUAUCUCUAUCUAUGUCUCUCUUUAUCUGCUUAACUAUCAACCCAUCGAUCUGUGUAUCUUUCUAUCUAUCUCUGUCUCGUUACGAAGAAUAUUAUCUUACCCAGAACAAAGAAAUAAAUAAGUGCAAGCUGUUAUGGCUCAGAUACGUCCCUUUCACAAUACAGCAUACCUUAUAAAAUGUACUGGGGCACUUAGUAUUUUUUUUUCUCUGUGCACCAUAUGGAUUGUCUCAGAUAAAAUCUACCUCUUUUGAACAUUUAACCUCACCGAAUAAAAACCUCACCUCCCACAGAUUGAGACCGGCCAAUCUGCACUUCUGCUUAGCCUUCUGGUUACCCACACAGGCCUUUUUUUUGCAGAACAGACUGGCUCUACACCAAGACCCAUUUACCAGGCUCAGGACAUUGUUAAUAUAAACAUUUUCUUUGUGAAGAACACAUUUAUAAAAAAAAAUAAAAACUCAUCUGGUGUGUUCUAAAGAUGUCUGAAGAUUUUUUGCAGACCUUUCCUGAAAAAAUCUAUGAAAGAGGACAUUAUCUAUUUAUAUAUAUAUCAGGACAUAUGUAUACAUAAAUAUCAAACAUGACAUAUGAUCAUGUGUAUCAUGGAGGCACAGGGGCUGUUGUGCGCUGCUCACCUCUCAUUUUUGCGCUGAAACCUAUGACUUGGCUCUUUAGUGCCUAUUAAAUAAACAAGCCACAGGCGACACCCUGCCAAAUGGGAGCUGAUUAUACUGCACAGUCUGUACCCGACGCUGUAGCUGGAGAUGUGUGUCGCUUAUGUGUGUUGUGUGUGUUCCACUAACUGAUGUCUGAUUUUUAUCGCUCACAGACGGCGGAUUUGCGCUAUUUGCAUGUCAUGUGCUGCUUACAAUACUGCUCGACUAGAUCAGUGACAACAGGAACAUAUCACGACAUACAAUGCAGUCUCCAGCUCUUCCUUUAGAUGAUCAGUGACAUAAGGAGCAGCCCUGCGUGUGUAUAACCUGAUUGUUGUAUAUUACAGACAAAUGUGAGUGUCUUACACAACUACCUGCACCUCAGCUGUCAGUCUCUCAGCCCUGUCUUGCCGGUACUAUCUGCUCCUCUUAAUUGUAAGGAUAGAUAGCACCCAGUGCCCAUUGUGCCUCUGGCAUAGAUUCCCCACUGAUGACCCCGGGCUCUGGGGUAAGUGUAUGAGGUCUGACUGCCAGAGCAUUUAUCUUCCUUGUGUUUCCUUAUCCGGGGUCCGGGGGAGCGCAGCCAUUGGCCCGCCGCAUCACGUGGCCUGCUAACUUUGCACACUUGACAGGGGAGUAGGAGGGUUCAGUGCAGAACAGAAAAACGACAACGCGAGAAAAAUUAGUAUUUUUUUGUUGCACUUGCACAAAUUAAUGGCCAUGAGUUCGUUUUUGAUAAACUCCAACUACAUCGAGCCCAAAUUCCCACCCUGCGAGGAGUAUUCCCAAAAUUACUUGCACAGCCAGUCCCCAGAAUACUACGAGCGGCCGAGGGAGCCCGGGUUCGAGGCUCCUCCCGAGACUCUGUAUUCUGGAGCGGGUAGUUACCCCGAAGCCGGCUAUGGAUACAGCCACAUUGCUCCGCCGAGCCACGAAGCUGCAGCAACAGUCCAGGAUGGGAUCUCCCCAAAGGGGCACAGUCAAUCUCAGCAGCAACUUCUCCAAAGCCACGUCCUCAGGCAGCCUCCCCAGCACUGCGAUUCCCUGUCAGUGCCCAGUGACAGUAUUCACCCUGAAAAGAACCCUGCAGCCGCCCUCAAGUGCAAGGAACCCGUGGUGUAUCCAUGGAUGAAGAAGGUCCAUGUCAACAUAGUUAAUCCAAAUUACAGUGGAGGGGAACCCAAAAGGUCUCGAACAGCAUACACCAGGCAACAAGUCUUAGAGCUUGAGAAGGAAUUCCAUUUUAACCGUUACCUAACCAGGCGCCGACGAAUUGAAAUAGCUCACACUUUGAUUCUGUCUGAACGUCAGGUCAAGAUCUGGUUUCAGAACAGGAGGAUGAAGUGGAAGAAAGAUCACAAACUCCCCAAUACAAAGAUGCGAUCUGCCAACACACCAGCUUCAAACCAACAAUCCAAAAUACAGGGCCAUCAGCUCACAGAUGGGCCAGCAGCUCCAUUAUUAUAAUUUCAAAAUUGUAUUAUUUAAAUUGCUGGUUAUCCUUUGGACCAAAUGACUUUUUUUUGGGGAGGGAAACAGGCAAAGCUUAUUGUUCAGUGUUGGAUGAAAAACUCAAGAACCAAACAAGGACAAGUGCAAACACAUUUAAGGGUUUUUAAAUGAGACCCUUUUUUGUUCUAUUUAUGUCUUAGACUGUAUCCAUAUCAAAUAAGUAAGGGUCAAAUGUGUAUAGGAAUAUUUACAUAUAGCUGAGUGUCUACAUAGGAAACGAACUAUUUUGUAUACAAGAUACAUAAACCACAAAGACAUUUAAGAGAUAAUGUGAUAAAUGUUAUUAAGGACCAUGCAUUGUGAUAUAAAGUUAGAAAUCGCUGUGGGUAUUUAAGAAACCAUUCUGUCCUCCCCUACCCAAGAUGAUUUAUUUAAUUGCCUAUAAAUGGUCUAUUAUGGCCUAUAAAUGGUCCCGUCCAGCCCAACCGUCGCAAAGAACUUUGUAAAUACCCGGUAGAAUAACAAUUUUGGUUAGAUUCGUGGGAUCGUUUUUCCCUGCUUCGUUUGUUGUUUGAGGCCAAUGUGUGUGUUGAUACCUUUUUGGAUGCUGUAGCAUAAUAAUGGUAGAAGGCCUUCAAAUGUCUUGGAGACAAAGGCAUGGCAUAGUUGUACAAUACGUAGUACAUGUUGUGGACUUGUGCUGUAUAUUGUGGUGCUAUCUGAUGACAACAUCAAAGAGCAUUCUGUGAAAAUCAAAGUUUUCCCAAUCCUCUACAUACCGUUUGCUAAACUGUAAUAAAUGUAUUAUACAUAUGAAAAGA